AUGUUGCGAUUUAGCGGUAACGAUGAACAACAACAAUUUAAUAAACCUGCUAAAGAAAUACAACAGCAACAAUUACAACCAUAUAAUAACGAAAAAUCCUUAAAAUAUUAUAGUCAUAAUCAUCCACACAAUAAUAUUAAUCAUCACCAUCAAUCCCCGAAACAUUCCAAUAUUAACAAUCUUCAUAAUAAUAAUAGCAUCAUUAGUUUAGGUGAUAAACAAUUAAAAAAAUUAAAACGUAGUACUAGCUUUAAUCAUCAUAAUAAUAACCUUAAUCAUAAUAACAAUCACUAUAAUGAUAAUUAUAAUAACAAUGUUACUAAACCUUCACCUUAUAUUGAUGUUGCAGAAGUAUUAGCCACCUCUGUUUAUCUUGUAAAAGAUAGUAAUAGAAAACUUGAAGAAGAUAAUGCUAGUAUAGAUUCAUGGCAGCAAUCUUCCAACAGUAACAACUACAAUCACAGCAAUAACAAAUCAAAUAGUAGCGAAAUUGAAAAAGAGUUAAUUGCGCUAUCACUUCAAUUAGAUUCAAUGGAACAAAAAUACAAGUAUCAGCUUAAAGGAAGGAAUAAAUUGAUUGAGGAACUUCAAACAGCUUCAAAGAAAACCGAACGUGAAUGUAAAAAAAAAAAGGCUGAAAUUGAAAGAUUAGAAACUCGUCUUGAAGCUACAAAUCGUGCCAUGACUGAAUUAAUGGAACAACAACAACGUCAAGUGCAAGAAAUUGUGGCUUCAAAAUCUUCAUCUUUAGCUCAAUCUGAAGAAGAGAAAAAAGAAAAUCUGGAGGCGAUCAAGAUGCUUGAGGCUGAUUUGGAAGAGAAGAAUAGAUUAAUCGAACAAGUACAAAUCACCGCUCGCAAAGUAAAAACUGAGUCAAGAGAAAAGGAUAAAACUAUCGAGGUCAUAACUACUCAUUUAUUAAAAUAUCAAUCAAUAGAAACUGAAUGCUUCGAUAAACAAAAAAUCAUCGAUGAGUUAACUUCCCAACUAGAGGACCUUAAAAAACGUGAAAUAGAAUUAAACGAAAAAGACGCCAUGAUCGAAACAUUGAACAUUCGUUUAGACACGUCACAAAAAGUUAUUGCGGAAUUACGAGAGAAGCAUGCACCACAUGAUCUAUUGAGACAAUUAAGACAAAAAGAUUACAUCAUUGAUGAUUUGACUCAACGAGUAGAAAACAUUGAUGCUGAUAUUAAAGAUAAAGAUGAUGAGAUCAAAUCACUAAACAAAUCAUUAAAUCAAGAAAUCGAAUUGGUUGAAAAAUUGCAAAAACAAUACAAAGAACUUGAACCAUACAAAAAAUUAUACAAAGAAGCUGAAAAUAACCUUUACGAAAUACAGCAAGAACUUGCUCAGAAAGAAAGAAAAUUACAAGAUUUAGAAAGACGUUAUAAAGAUGCCUCUAGAAAUUCCUUAGAAAGUCACGAGAAACUGAAAGCUCAAGAGCAAGCCUUCAAUAGUUUACGACAAGAAGUUAUUCAUCUUAAACAAGCUCUCACGGUUCAAAAUGCCGCCGCUAAUGCCGCCGCCACUGCUGCUGCGACUGCAGCCAUAUCUGUAAAUAAAGCCGAGCUAGAUGUUAAAUCAAACAAAAGUGAGGUACGUCUGAGCGCUCUACAAAAGGUUUUAAAUACCAAGAUCGAAGCUUGCAGGGAAUACGAGAAAAAGAUCUCAGAAUUGGAAAAGGAAUUUGAACUGGUGAAGACAGAAAUUGAAGAUACAAAGACCACAAAUUCCGAGAAAGAAUCUAGAAUCGCUAAACUUGUAAAGAUGAACCGUCAACUGAAAGACGAAGUUACUCAAUUGAAAGAAAAAAUGGAAGCAAAAGAACAAGAAUUGAUCCUUAUAAAAUCAAAGAUUCCACAACCCGUUUCUUCCAGAAAAUCAUCCUUUACAAAAACUGCCCCUAGAUCAAGAGUCUCUUCUAUGUAUAGUGGUGAAAGUAGUAGUGACGAUACUGCUAGGUCCUGUUUGACAAAUUCUUCUGCUCGUAUUCGUAGAAGUUCAAAUCUUAGCGGUGCUAGUGAUAAUAACAGCAACGUUGGUUCUUUGCGGUCAAAGACUUUGUCAAGAUCAAGUAGUCUAUGUUCUGUUCCAACAACUAGACGCAUAUCAAAUGGCCCAAGACCUGCUUCUUUAUCAACAAUUUCAUCGUCAUCACCUUCUACCAUAUCAUUAACUAGAACCAAAUCUAUAUCAUCUUCUUCCACAAGGACAAGAAGACCUUCAUCAGCUUCUACAACUUCAACUUUGUCAUCAUCAACACGCGGUGGCGCUAGAUCAUCAAUUUCUAAUUCUUCAAAAAAACCGGUUAGCCCAAACACUUCAAGUAUCACCAAAAAUGCUGUUGAACAAAAGAAAUUAUCCACUGCAACUCAACAAGCCAGAAGAACUCCUUUAACAAGACCAUUACCAUCUAAUACUACUCUGUCAACAAGAUCUCUCCCAUCAUUAUCAAAACCUAUACAAACCAAGAGAUCUUAA